UGUGAUUGGCUGCUCCUUGCAUCUGAGUGUUGCUCUUUGAGGCUAUAAAAAGAUGAGAGGAUGGGAAGCAGCAGCAGCCGAGCAGCGACAAACUGGACAGACAGAUCCAGCGAGACAGACACACGACAAAGAUCUAACAGCAGCAGAGUCUGGGAACCUGAUCUUACUUCAAAGAUGUGCAAGGGACUGGCCGGAGUGACAGCUUUCCCUGCUACCUGUCUGAAAAGUGCUAAAGAUAUCAAGCACCGCUUGGGAUUCCUGCUGCAGAAAGCAGACGGGUGUGAACACAGCCCAUGCCUAAAGAAAGACAAACCUGGUAGCCAGAGGCUGAGACAAGAGGAAGUAAAGAAAUGGGCUGAAUCUUUGGAGAACCUGAUAAAUAAUGAAUGUGGUUUGGCAGCUUUUCGGUCCUUCCUUCAAUCAGAAUACAGUGAGGAAAACAUUGAUUUCUGGUUAGCCUGCGAGAAUUACAAAAAAAUCAAGACCCCUGCAAAAUUACCAGAGCAAGCUCAGAAGAUCUAUGAAGACUUCAUCUCAGUGGAGGCCACAAGAGAAGUGAACUUGGACUCAACCACCCGCGAGGAGACAAGCAAUAAUAUCCUACAACCCACCUCUUCUACCUUUGAUGAGGCCCAGCACAGGAUAUUUAUCUUGAUGGAGAAGGAUUCCUACAGGCGCUUCCUCAAGUCCAAUUUCUACCAUGAUGUUGUAAACUUGAGCAGCAGUGGGGCAAGCACCAAGAAAAUGAAAGGUCUCACCACAGACAGCAACCCCUUCAUCCCCCAGUGUGCUUGAUGUGCAAGACACAACUGUGCUCUGUCACAGCUAAGAACUUAGCAUCUAUGUGCUCCUAUUUAUACUGUACGAUGGCUCAGAAGUGGUGUCAAGACAGCUCUUCUUAUUUAUUACAUAUGUGUGUGUGUGUUGCAUGCAUUCCAUGUCAUAUUGGGGUGAGCUGGAAAAAUCACAUAGACCCGUGCGUUUUGGUACAGGAUUGUGACUUACUGGAGAGCUAGUAAUGCAGAUUCUGCACAACACUCUCAGGCAAUACUUGUAGGUGGCUUUGCACUGAAUCAUUUCAAGUUACCUUUGUUAUACCAUUAUUCCCAAGAAUGGUGCACAUUUUAAUCUGAACUGACGAGGCUAGUUAGUCAUCCUGAAAACUAGCUUUUCACAUACUCUUACAACACAGUGCUGGAGAAGCUAAGUGUAGAUAGUUUAGUAUAUGCUGGUGCUACUGUCCGUUCAUAACAGGGGCAUUUUGCAACAAGGGGCGGACAAGGCUAGAUGUUUAUUGGGUGUAUCGAGGAAGACUGCUGGUUAAGGCAGACAUUUCUGCUCAUCAGUUACAGAUUACGAAGAGCUAAUCACUUAGACAAAGCUCUAUAUAACUUAACGAUUACUUUUUUUUGACAAAUACAUUGUUGUUCUCUCCCUUUUAACUUAUGUUUGUAAGAAUAAAUCAUUGCCAAAGGCUCUUGUUGAUCUAAACCUUGUUUUUAGAACAACGGAAUGAAAGAGAACUGGACAUUGAUUGAGGAAAGUGGAAAUAUUUUGUGUUCUGAGAAGUGCUGCUGAAGGUGCAAUCCUUUCACUUUCUUUUAAACAAGCAUGGAUUUGCCCGGAUACUAUGUCAUUUGUGCAUGCUUGUAGUAAAUAGUCUGUGAAACCAAAUAAACAAUGUAACACAAACCAAA